AUGCUUGUGCUUCUCGCACGCCAGAUUGGAGAAAAGCCGAUCAGCAUUCUGGACUGCUCCGGAAAUUCCCGGGCGGCGCACUUGGUGAAAGAGCGCUUUGGUCGUUCCGUGUGGGUCUUCAUCGUCUAUGACUUGGCCAAAAAGGAAUCCCUGGACUAUGCCUUGGCGUUGAUCUUGGAGGUCCAUGCUGCUGGAGCCCGAGCGCUUCUCUUUGGAAACAAGUACAACGUGGACAAAGGUGCCCCGAUUCAGGUGGACGUUGCCGCAGCCAAAGAUGCUGCUGUCCGAGCUGAAGGGCAAGCGAUGGAAAGUUCCAAUCUCAUGGAGGCAGUCAAGUUCGCCAAUUCGGAGGAUGCUGGAGAUGGCCAGGGCGCAGAGGCUUCUCCAGAUAAAAGUCGGAGUUCCAUCUCCAUGGCCAUCGACUCCGUGAAAUCGUGGUUCGGUGGCGACCGGAGCAAAACCGGCGUCUUGAGGCCUUCGUUGAAGGGCACGAAAUCCAUGAAGCAGGCACGCAAAGAUGCAGAGCCUCAAGAUCUGCGUCCCGUCCAGGAGUUGCAAGAUUCUGAGUCUGCGGUGACGUGCAUUUGCUUCGGCCAAGAGCGCUUGCACAAGGCCUACGUCCUCUUGGCCACUGCCUCGAAGGAUGGCACCAUCGUGAUCUACCGCUGCUACCGAACUGAGAUGGAAAUCGCGAUGCUCUCAGACGUUGGGCUGUCGGACGGCUUCGACCCGCCGGCUGAUCAUUCCAACAUCGCCGUCCAUUCCAGAUUAGUGGGACACUCUCGAGCCAUCACGUCGAUUUUCUUCAACUUGCUGGAAGACCAGCUUGUGACAACUUCAAUUGACAAGUCGGUCCGUUUCUGGGGUGUGGACUCCGGCGAGAUGCUGAAGGUCUUUACGGAUUCAUCGCCGGUUCCGGUGGCCACAUUUUUACCGUUCAAUCCGCAGGCGGCGAAACGGGUUCCCCUGCCACUCGUAGAUCUCGCGAACGGAACAGCUUGA